CUACUAUAACCAAAAGAUGAGUUUCUCCCAUCUGAUUUCACAGUGUUCACUACUCGGGCUGCUACUAUUUCUACUUGCUAUUGUCAAUGCAGUGCCCAAAUCCGAAGAAUUCAAAACAUAUAUCAUACAUAUGGACCAUACUCACAAGCCUACGUCUUUCUUAACCCAUGAGUCAUGGCAUCGUUCCAUCCUAAAAUCAUUGUUGUCAUCUCCUGCUGAUGAUGAUAACAAAGAACUCUUGUUGUACUCAUACAGCCAUGUCAUGCACGGUUUCAGUGCAAGGCUCACACCCUCUCAACUAGCUGAGAUUGAGGAAUCUCCAGCUCACCUGGCCACAUUCCCAGGGUCCACUGGCAAGCUAAUGACAACUUACUCCCCUAAGUUUCUGGGGCUACAACAAAACUUUGGCAUAUGGCCUGCUGCCUCAUAUGGAGAAGAUGUGAUUGUAGGCAUUAUUGAUUCAGGAAUUUGGCCAGAGAGAGAGAGUUUUAAUGAUGAGGGUAUGUCACCAGUGCCACAAAGAUGGAAGGGAAAGUGCGAGAAUGGCACAGCAUUUUCCCCUUCAUAUUGCAACAGGAAGCUCAUUGGGGCUCGAUCCUUUAGCAAAGGAAUACGGGCUAAAGGUCAUGACAUAUCCAAGGAAGAGGAAUUUGAUUCUGCGAGAGACUUUGUGGGUCAUGGUUCACACACUGCAUCCACAGCAGUAGGUAAUUAUGUACCCGGUGUAAGUCAUUUUGGAUAUGCAAGAGGCACAGCCGUAGGGGUGGCUCCCCGUGCACAUCUUGCCAUCUACAAAGUUGCUUGGCUAAAAGGACAGGUUGAAGCACCUGAUGCUCUUGCUGGCAUGGAACAAGCAAUUCUUGAUGGGGUUGAUAUCAUGUCUCUGUCUCUUAGCUUCGGUAAUCAGAGAUCUUAUUUCACUGAUGUCAUUGCCAAAGGUUCUCCUUCUGCAGUUGAGAAAGGGAUUUUUGUUGUUUGUGCUGCCGGCAAUGCUUAUCUUUACAAAACAGUAUCGAAUGUAGCACCUUGGAUCACAACUGUUGGGGCUGGCACACUUGAUCGAAGUUUCCAUGCAACAAUGACUCUAGGAAAUGGGGUUCCCAUUGAAGGUACAUCGUACUUUCCAGAGAGUGUUUUCAUUACUGAUAUACCUUUGUACUAUGCCAAAGGGAACCUGAGCAAAGCAAUUUGCAAUGACAAAGCAUUGGAUAAAAAGGACGUUUCCGGGAAGGUAGUCCUCUGUGAUUAUAGCACCAACAUUACUACUUCUCAACAGAUUAAGGAGGUCCAAAGGGCAGGUGCUUUUGCGGCUAUCUUCUUGACAGAUGCAUCAUUCUCUUUAUUUGCAAAUCAAUACUCCAUUCCCAGCCUUAUUCUGCCAACUGCUUCAGGGACUUUGGUUAAAGAGUAUGUAACAAAGGUGAGAAACCCAAAGGUGAAGGAUAUGAGAUUUGUGUUAACAAGGUAUGGUACAAAGCCUGCACCUCAAGUGGCCAAUUACUCUUCUAAAGGACCCAGCCCAGUCAGUCCAGGAGUUUUAAAGCCAGAUAUUCUCGCUCCAGGAGAUGAUGUGGUAGCCGCCGUUGCCCCUACCAGACCAUAUAUCCAAGUCGGCAAAUAUAAUUUGUCUUCAGAUUAUCAACUUAUGUCAGGCACAUCAAUGGCUACACCACAUGUUGCUGGUGUUAGAGCUUUGCUGAAAUCAAUCCACCCCGAAUGGAGCCCAGCAGCUAUCCGAUCAGCAAUAAUGACCACGGCCUAUGCUGAAGACAAUACAGGCACAGUUUUUAAAAGUCAACUGUUAGAUCUUGAAGCUGCCUCACCUCUAGAGUUUGGGGCUGGCCACAUUAACCCAAAUAAAGCCAUGGAUCCUGGCCUCAUCUAUGACAUGGGUUUGCAAGAUUAUAUUGAGUUUGUGUGUGGCUUAGGGUACACUAGAAAGCAAAUGAGUGUUAUCCUUAGCCGAACUCAAUGGAGUUGUAGCAACAAAUCUAUUCAUGAUCUAAACUAUCCCUCUUUCAUGGCUGUACUCCCAACCAAAACAAGAUAUCCAGUGACAAUGAAAUUUAGCAGGGUUGUGACAAAUGUUGGAAACAAUAAAGCUGUAUACCGAGCAUAUUUGGAGAACAUUCCCACUGGAUUGAGAGUAAGUGUCAAACCAAGGACCCUUACAUUCACCCGCAAAUAUCAGACUCGAAGUUUUGUUGUCAGCGUUGAGCUCGAUAAGGAAUUUCCCUUCGUAAUUUAUGGUUUUCUCAAAUGGGUUGAUCAAGAUAGUCACAUGGUGUCAAGCCCCAUAGUGGCUAUCAGUUUAUAGUUGAUAAUAUUAGCAUAUUCACUUGCUCAACA